AUGGUAUUCCAAGAAGAGUCAGGUCCACUGCGGUGGCACCGGAUCUCAACCUGCUGUGGGGGAGCGAAGCAGUCUCCCGUACCUCUGAGUACCCGAGGCGCAGCGUGUGGUCAGCCCUACACUCUCACAUACAGUCAGUCUCAGGCUGCAAGUGUAUCGUCAGUCACAUAUAACAAUGGACAAACAGCUACAAUGACCUUCCCGAAAAGGAGACUCUCUCUCAGUGACGUACCCCGUCGUCAGGGCUGCACGUUCCUCCUGGGGGAGAUACACUACCAUGCUGGCAUCACAGGGGACACAGGCUCCGAACACUGGCUGGAACACACAGGAUACGGGGCCGAGCGUAAAUCUGUUCAGAGAGGGCUUCCUAAGGUUGUAUAA